GGGCCCGCUGAUGAGAACACCAGCACCAUGGUCAUCUACUCUAAAGGAGAACACUUUGUGGAUAUCCGAGUGUUUAAAGAUCAUUAUCCGGUGAUUGAAGAGAACCCCAGAUCCCUCAAACAGUUUACAGACACCUUCGAAUGGACCAUGACAGGAGAUGAAAUACCAAUGGAAGCAGCUAUUCCAGACACGUACGUGUUGCUGUUCACCCACGAAAUUGACUCGCUUGCAGUGGUCAAGUCUAUAGAGGAGAAUAUUCCAGUUGAACAGUGUUUAUCAGAACCAGACGUUGGAACCUUUUGGAAACUUCCCGACUCCGAAGACCGCAAGGAAACUGGUAAUAUGACUAAUCCUGCUACCGGAAAGAAGGGUGACUAUGUGGAAAUAUGGAGAUCUUUAAGUGCUUUAAAUGCUACACCAUCUGAAGAUGUGAGGGAAACCCCCCACGACAUUGCCAACGACAAGAAUUUGCAUGUCUUGCGUGUAUUAGAUAAUGAACAGUUCGAGGGCCAGUUUAUCCGGUCUGGUGCUUGGUGUCAGGGACUUUUAUAUGACAAAUUGAACAAAAUCGUGCCAUUGAACGUGGUGAGAGGGUAUUUUGACGGAGAAAAGUGGCAAUGGCUCAUUAAGUACGGUAGUUUCAAUUUCCCCGUAUUGUUUAGCGGCUCAAUUGGUGAUACCAUCGAUAUUAACGGAGUUGUAUGGAGUUGUAUAGAGUAGAAUAAAUGGACCCACACACG